CUAAUAUUUAUUUAUUUGUUUUCAGUGUGGCGUAAUGGCGCCAGUUACGUGGAAUUCUCCCAUCAUGCUGUUCGCCAGGGCUUUACAUAAAACAGAUAAGGAGGCUGCCAGCUGAGGGGGUUAGCCGAUGUCUGAAGAAGGUGUUCAGGUUCUCCUCGUCCAAAUAAAAUACGUGACGGUGGCGAGGGAAAACAAAGAAAAAAAAAAAAGCAUCAUACAACAUGAUGCCUGCUUCCGCAGAAGAUCUUCCGUCGGACUUGUGAGCGUCGGCAGAUUUCCCACUGCCGCCUCUUUGGAGGAUUCUACUGUCUGAGUCCGUCCUGACCGACCCACGGCACCGCCAGGCGAUGACAGCGGCUAAAGCCACCCCCCUGAUGAGAGACCGGCUGCUACAGGCCAUCGACGGCCAGAGCAAUAUACGUAACAUGGUGGUUGUUGUGGAGGUAAUCUCUUUUUUGGAGAAAUAUCCCAUCACCAAAGAGACACUGGAGGAAACUCGUCUUGGCAAACUCAUCAACGAUGUCAGGAAGAAAACCAAAAAUGAGGAUCUUGCCAAAAGGGCGAAGAAGCUCCUACGAAACUGGCAAAAGCUAAUUGAGCCAGGAAAGGGUGAAGUGUUGUCCAAAGACCACACUGGUGCAUCAUGGUCUUCCAGUGGUGGUGCUUAUCCCUGCAUCUCUACUCCAGCUACCACGACACCAUCAGGUAAAACUGGUCCUGAGCUGAAGAACAGAAAUGACUUCAACAACUGCUGCUCCCCGAGGGUGGAAAAACUGGGCAACAGGAAACGUAAAGGUGACCAGAAAGAAGGACAGCGCUUACCAGCCAAGAUAUUCAAAACUACUCCUAAUGAUAAAAUACAAAAUUCCAAACAGCUGCCAACCAGUGGAAUUGGUGGUAGCUCUGAAAUUUUUACAGACACUUGUGCACAUCACCCUUUAGACAGGGAGAUUUCUGAGCCUUUGGACAAUGACAGGGUAAAUAAAAUCCCUGUCAAUGCUGUAAAACCUCAUCCAAGUGCCCCAGGAUGCAGCAAGCCUUCUAUCACUUCUUUGUUAAAAGCAUCAGUUCUGCAGCAGCAAGCCAGACAGUGGCAAGCUGCCUCUGGGGCGCAGUAUCGAUUGAAAAGCCCUCGCUGUUCCUUGCACAGUCCUCAAACUCCAAAGCAGCAAGGUGUUAUCAAACAAACUGCACCACAAGCACAGAGUAUUUCUAGCUCCACUGUGAGACCUGGGUCUGAGGACACCUGUGGGUUGGGGCCUUGUGUUCAGGGUUUUUACACAGACAGUUCACGGUCUGCAGAUUUGGACUCUCAAAGCAGGCCUUCCAGCACCUCUGUUUACAACACAACUGCCUCCUCCUGCAGUAACGGGGUCAGUUCAGAAGGUGAUGGUGCUGUUAGCAAUACAGAGAAAACAAAAAGACAGAGAUACAGGCCUAAAGACUAUGUGGUAAAUUUAGAUGGACAGACUGUAGACGACGGUACUAAACCAGUCAGGUUAAAAGACAGGAGACUGACAUUUGAUCCUCUAACAGGGCAAAUCAAACCCUCCUUUCACAAAGAGUCUUGCCAGGAGAGGGAGGUCAGACUGGGCCACAGAACUGAAACUCAGUGCUCAGAACAACUGAAGCAGAAUCCUCCAGUUCCUUCUAGUCCCUUCCAGCAGACGGACUGGAAAGAGCUAUCGAGGAGCGAAAUCAUCCAGUCGUACCUUAACCAGCAAAGCAAUGUGCUGAUGUCGUCAGGCACCUGCACCCCGGGUGCACACUUUUUCAUGACAGAGUUCUUCAAAAAAGAGGAACACCAAAGUAAAGACACCACGAAAAUGCAUGUGUUGGCAUCUGAGCUACCAGCCAAGAAUUUACUGGGGGUUAGCAGAGAGGUCAGUGGUGAAGACCUGAGCAGAUUACACUCACAACACUGGGCUGGGGUCAACGGUUGCUAUGACACAAAAGGUAAUUGGUAUGACUGGACAGAGUGCAUCUCCUUAGACCCACACGGAGAUGAGAGCAGGUUGAACAUACUGCCAUAUGUGUGUUUGUACUGAAACUGAGGACAGGUUUCUAAAUAGGAAGGUGUAAGGUGCCUGCAUUGUACAGUGCAGCAACUCGAGAUGUGUGAAACUUUCUUCAAGUGCAAGCUGCUGUUUUGCACCAUUGCUGAAAAUGGAAUAAAUAUGCCUCCUGCUUGGGUGUGUGUUGGAACACAGAGGGUGUAAUCAGUGUAUUUAUGAGUUGUUGUCAUUGUGUGAGGACAGCAUGAAGGGAAAAGGCUAUGCAUUAUAUGCCGAUUUACUUGUCGGUGUUCAGUAACUGUACAGAUGAAGUUUCCAAUACUUGUCAUUCCUUGUAUGGGAGACAAACAUGAUAUUAAACUGCACGGCUACAUUUUAUUCAUCUUAAUGCUACAAUAUGUAACUUAAGGUAGCACUAGCAUGAAACUCCAAAUAAGCCCACUCUGCUCCGCCCAGCACUCCUGUCCCUGUUCCACUACACUGUCCUACCAUCUGCCAUAAUCAAACUCUUAAGAUAUCUGUCAUAUGAAAGUACAAUAAAUGAGAACGCAACAAAACUUACUGAUCAAGCAGAAAUAAUUGAAACUCUGAUUGGUUAGAGAGGACAAUCCUGCUCAAAAGCUGUAAGAAGGUAAUAUCUCUGCACUGCUGCCAGUGCUGUUCAAUGGGUCACAGGAG